AAAAAAAAAGUCAAGAGUCGUUCCCAAACAUAUUCCGAGUUGGUGUACCCAGAAUUUUGCGACUGCAGAAACCCCAUAUCCGGGUUGGAGCGAAAAUGGCGACUCUUUUCAAAUUCCUUCAUUCUCUUCUCUUAACUCUCCUUCUCACUCUCUUCGUUCAAUAUUCUCUAUCCUCAUCUGACUCCGAUCGAGUUUCAGAGCUUCUUGCCCUCCAAUCCCGAUCGCCUUCCGGCGUGAUUCAUCUCGACGACCAGUCCGUCUCCCGUUUCCUUACCACACCAAAAAGCCCUAGACCUUAUUCACUCCUCAUUUUCUUCGAUGCCCAACAGCUUCACGACAAGUCAGAGCUCCACCUCAAAGAACUCCGCCAUGAAUUUGGCCUCGUCUCCUCCUCCUUCAUCGCCAACAACCCUGAUCCCUCUUCUCCUUCUCGCUCCAAAUUAUUCUUCUGCGAGAUUGAGUUCAAGGAAUCCCAGCCUAGUUUCUCCCUUUUCGGCGUUAAUGCCCUCCCCCAUGUCCGGCUUAUUGGCCCCAAUCAGACGCCCAAGAAGUCCGAUCAAAUGGACCAAAGCGACUAUUCCAGAUUGGCUGAAUCCAUGGCCGAAUUUGUAGAGUCCAAGACCUCGCUUGUUAUUGGUCCGAUCCAUCGACCCCCAAUGUUUUCCAAGAAUCAAUUAGUCGUUCUCGUCAUUGCGAUGUUAAUUUCGGCGCCAUUUGCUUUGAAGAAGAUCAUUGCGGGUGAGACAUUGCUCAACGACCGGAAGGUCUGGUUGAUGGGGGCUAUCUUUGUCUACUUUUUCAGUGUUGCGGGUACAAUGCAUAACAUUAUUCGGAAAAUGCCCAUGUUUUUGACCGACCGGAAUGAUCCUUCCAAGCUGGUAUUCUUCUAUCAGGGCUCUGGAAUGCAGCUUGGUGCGGAAGGCUUUGCUGUGGGUUUCUUAUAUACUAUUGUUGGGUUGCUUUUGGCUUUCAUUACUCAUGUGCUUGUCAACGUCAGGAAUGUGAAUACGCAGCGGGUUGUUAUGAUGGUUGCGCUCUUUGUGUCAUUUUGGGCAGUGAAGAAAGUCGUGUAUUUGGAUAACUGGAAGACAGGUUAUGGAAUUCAUGGAUAUUGGCCAUCAAGUUGGAACUGAUUCAAGAAAGAGUGCUUUUGCUGUUCGGCUAAAUGUGAGGAUUUCUCGUCCAUGAAACUGGUAGCUGUUGAAGUUAAAUUUUUGUUGUUUUAACCAUUCGACUUUGGUCAUUAGAUGCUGCUCUAUGAAUACGCUCAGUUCUACUUGAAAACUAUUUUUUGAAGUAUAUUUUAACGUAUUAGAUAAAUUUGCAUUCCACUCUUCAAUAUUGCAGGUUUGAGAAAGAAUGAACUCUAUCUUGCUUAUUGUUUUCCGAUUUAAAGCUACACUAUACAUGUGCUUACCAACUUUGAGGAUUACAUUCUCUUCUAGAAAAGUUACAAAAUUCUCAAGUA